GUGUGAUUCCUGGUUUCCGGCUUCACUUCCACAGCGCGUCUCGACAGGUUUUUUAAAAGCUCCCUUUCUCACAUUGUCAACACACCGGGUCACCUGAAAGUCAUUUACCUAUCUUUACGCAAGGUUUUAUUUCAUUGAAAAAUAAAAUAAAAUAAGCGCAGAUAAAGACUGAGCAUGGCCUCGGAUUGUCACUUCACCGACUCCAUAACCAAGGAGGACGAGGAGCGAGAGGAAUUUGAUCGGAUGUUGAAGCGAAUCGGUGGAAAGGGGAAUAUUUAUUUGGUAGGAGACGUGGAUGGAGAAAACAACUGCAGUCUUUUCCAGGAGUUUAUCAUGGACAUGUUUCACACUGAGGUGCACAUCAAGAGGGACAAAAACGCAAACCUCGGGAACGGGAACAUCAAAUCUGCCGCUGCGAGAAACUGUCCUGUUUCUCAUGGGGCUCAAGGAAUAGACGGUAAUAACGCCGACGUGGACGAGAAAUGCGCGCGACCCAAGCGCAAAAUCACCGCACCUAAAGGACGAGCCAUUCAUUGCGCCAUCAUCAUCUUCAUCUUCAGACACGGAUACGUCCAGAACAAGGCGAACCAUGUGUGUAUGGAGGAGAUCCUGAAAGACGUAAAGGUUCGAGUGAAGAAAAAUCACGGAAGUCGCCAGGCGCUACUGGGCCUCAUUCAUACUGAUGCUGAAAGCUCAGAGACUCACAAGUCUGUGACGCUGUUGGAGGAGACAUUGAGAUCUGUGUUCAUAAAACAUCCACAUGAUUCCAUAUGGACCGGGCAUUUUAUUCCUAAUGGAGUAGAAGGAAUAGAAAACAUCAAGAGGAAUGUCUGCAAAGCUGUGAAUGUGUCUCAGAGCCCAGAUAACAUCUUGAGUCGUAAGCGAAAUAUUUUCUGGCUGUUCUUACAGCGUUGGAUCAGAAGAGGACGUAGAGAACAUGCCGAAGUGACGACACAUGCUCAGGCACAGAAGGGUGAUCCGGAAAGCACAGAGGAAGGAAUUCCGUUACAGACGAACUCCGGCUCACAGUCCUGACAUCAGAUUUACUAACAGACUGAAAAUGACCCCAUGACCUGUGAAAUGAACAGACCUGUGAAAUUUCCCUGCUGCAUUUGAUUUAUUAACUAACAGGAAUGUUGAAGGACCAUUGGGAUAUGAAGUUUACUGAUAGGUGCUAAAUAAAAUCCCCAGACUUUAAAGACUUUGCAAACAUGUAUUUUUUUUGUCUUUGGUGACCACAAAAAGGAUGUCAUUCACCAAACAGUGCCUCUUUUAAAGUUCCAAAGGGAGUUAGUAAUUAGAGCUACAUUUUUACUAUAUGAAUUAUGUUAUACUGUAGUCAGGUAAUGUACACAAUAGUAAUAUAAAGAACACUCUAGGAGUCCAGUGAAUAGAUUAAUACAUUUUAAAAAUUGAAAGUUUAAUUAUUUAAUAACAUAUUGGACAAUAAAUGUCCUUUGUUUUUAUGUUUUAAUAUUUUUAUUAUUUCAAUUGUAGUUAUUUUAUGUAACAGUUUUAACAAUCAGUCUGUGAUUGGAAUUUAGUUUUCAUUUCAAUUGUUUUUAUUUGUUAUAUUUCAGUUUUAUUUUCCACAGUAUUAGUUUUGGAUUAAAAGUGUUUUGUGUUUUUGAACUUUUUUUGGGGGUUCCCUCCACAUUAAACUAGUAUUAACAUCACACAAAUAUGGUUAAAAAAAUUAGGUUAAAAAUAAAACGAAUUACUGUCUGAUUGAAUGUUUUGUUGUCACUGUUUUAAGUGUCGCAUAUUAUUUUAAUAUAUUUUGAUAGCUCUUUUUUCGGUAUUGUUAACUGCAAAAGUGGCUACGAGACAGCUUUUCAGAAAUCUGGGUCUGGACUAUUUAUGGGUGACUUGAGAAGCUACAGAAAUCCUCUGGUGGACGCCUGGAGAGUGAAAUUACAGCAGGAGGAGGACAAUGUGUAGGAAAAUGGGACUAACAAAGGAACUCUGUUGAAAUAAACAUUCUGGAGGCACAACCUGAAAUAACAAGCUAAAUUAUUGUGAGAACAUAAAAGGAGGAGCUUUGAAUAAUGAAUCCAGAAUUAGAAUUUUUCACAGGGGUCACUGGGUUUUAAACACUUCUAUGUCCCUGAAGGCAAAAAAUGGCAACCUGAUGAUAUCCACUGGUUCCACUGUGUUAAUGGAUGUCAUGUGUGAAUGUCGCUUUGUUUAGUGGUGAUGCUGCAAGAUAAUGCAUGCAUCACU